UUUAUCAGCAGAGAUUAGAUGCAGAUUUCAGUUGCAUGUCUAUGAAGAAUGAGAGGCCAAUGGAUACACCAACAGCAUUUAAGAGACCAGACGUAACCGAACCCGUCUGUAAAAAGAUGAAGAUUGAUCAGUCUGUGAAUCAACCACAAUAUGUGUGUCCUGAAUUCAGUUUAUCAGCAGAGUUUAGAUGCAGAUUUCAGUUGCAUGUCUAUGAAGAAUGAGAGGCCAAUGGAUCCACCAACAGCAUUUAAGAGACCAGACGCAACCGAACCCGUCUGUAAAAAGAUGAAGAUUGAUCAGCCUGUGAAUCAACCACAAUAUAUUUGUCCUGAAUUCAGCCAUGACCCUAAAUUUAAUGAAGACCUGAACACAUUUAAAUCAAAUCUGAAAGAGAAAUUUCAGUGUUUGUUUCCAGGAACAUCAAAGCAGAGAAACUCAACACUACUGAAUGAGAUCUACACAGAGCUCAACAUCACAGAGAUUAAAAGUGGAGAGGCAGAGGAGACACCAAUCAAAUGUAAUGACAUCUUUAAACCUUUACCUGAACAACACAAACACAUCAGAAGUGUGAUGACAAACGGAUUCGCUGGCAUUGGAAAAACAGUCUCUGUACAGAAGUUCAUUCUGGACUGGGCUGAAGAGAAAGAGAAUCAGGACGUCCACCUCAUAUUUCCACUUCCUUUCAGAGAGAUCAAUUUGUUGAAGGACAAAACACUCAGUCUUUUAGAUCUUCUUCAUCUUUUCUUCCCAGAGACAAAAGAAAUGGAAAUCUUCAGUGAUAAAUAUAAAAUGUUGUUCAUCUUUGAUGGUUUGGAUGAGUGUCGUCUGUCUCUGAAUUUUUACAGCAGUGUGAAGUUGUGUGAUGUACGUAAAUCAACCUCAGUGGACGUGAUGCUGACAAACCUCAUCAAGGGGAAUCUGUUUCCCUCUGCUCGCAUCUGGAUCACCUGCAGACCAGCUAAUCUUAUCCCCUUUAUGUGGGUUGAUCGAGUCACAGAGGUACGAGGCUUCAGUGAUCCACAGAAGGAGGAAUACUUCAGGAAGAGAAUCAGACAUAAGAGUUUGGCCAAGAAAAUCAUCUCACACCUGAAGUCAUCCAGGAGUCUCUACAUCAUGUGUCACAUCCCAGUCUUCUGCUGGAUUUCAGUCACUGUUCUAGAGAGAAUAUUGAGUAAAUCAAUAAUAAGAAGAGAGAUCCCCAAGACUCUCACUGAAAUGUACACUCACUUCCUGAUCAUUCAGACGGACUUCCUCAGAAAUCAGAAGGACUAUACGAAAAAUAAAGAGAUGAUCUUCAAACUGGGUAAACUGGCUUUUGAGCAGCUUAUGAAAGGCAAUCUGAUCUUCUAUGAUGAAGACUUGAGAGAUUGUGGCAUUGAUGUAUCAGAAGCAUCAGUGUACUCAGGAUCGUGUCCUCAGAUCUUCAGAGAGGAGUUUGGUUUAUGUCAGAGAAAAGUUUACAGCUUUGUUCAUCUGAGCAUUCAGGAACAUCUAGCAGCUCUAUAUGUGCACUUUAGCAAUGCAGUGUCGACUGCAUUUAAAAUGAAUCCAAAUCCUUCAAUACUUGAUGUGUAUCAGAGAGCUAUAGAUGAUACUGUAGAGUGUAAAAAUGGACAUCUGGGUCUUUUUCUUCGUUUUCUUCUGGGUUUGUCACUGCAGUCGAAUCAGAAUCUCAUACCAGGUCUGAGGUUACUGACAUGCUACGACUUUCUGGUCAAUGAGAUAACAAUCAAAUACAUAAAAGAGAAGAUCAGGAAGAAUCCUUCACCAGAGAAAUCUAUCAAUCUGCUUCACUGUCUAGAAAAACUGGGUGAUCCUUCACUAGUGGAAGAAGUCCAUAAAUAUCUGACAUCUAUAACAUUAAGUAAAAGCAAACUCUCUUCAUAUCAGUGGUCAGCUUUAGUUUCGUUGAUGCUGACAUCAAAACAGAAGCUGAAGAAGUUAGUUAUGAAAACGUUUCUUAAAGGAAUCAGUGCUGAAUCACUGAAAGUUCUUAAGGAGCUGCUGCCUGUGAUUUGUGAAUCCAGAAUACUUCAGUUGUAUUCGUGUAAUAUCACAGAGGAAGGUUGUGUUGCUCUGUUUUCAGGUCUGAGAUCAAACCCAUCACACCUGAGAGAACUGAAUCUGUCUGAUAAUAAACUGCAAGAUUCAGGAGUAAAGCUGCUCUCUGCUGUACUGGAGAAUCCUCACUGUAAACUGGAGAUACUGAAGUUGAGUCAAUGUAAUAUCACAGUUGAAGGUUGUGCUGCUCUGACUUCGGCUCUGACAUCAAACCCAUCACACCUGAGAGAACUGAAUCUGUCUAAUAAUAAAAUUGGAGAUUCAGGAAUGGAGCAUCUCUCUGCUGUACUGGAGAAUCCUAGGUGUAAACUGGAGAGACUAUGGUUAAGGAGGUGUAACAUCAAAGAUGAACAUUGUAUUGCCCUGACUUCAGCUCUGAAAUCAAACCCAUCACAUCUGAAACAACUGAAUCUGACUCAGAAUAAUCUUGGAGAUUCAGGAGUGAAUCUGCUGUCUGAUGUACUGAAGAAUCCUGAAUGUAAACUGGAGAAACUGGUGUUGAGUUGGUGUAAUAUUACAGAUAAAGGUUGUGCAGCUCUGACUUCAGCUCUGACAUCAAACCCAUCACAUCUGAGAGAACUGAAUCUGUCUGAUAACAAAUUUGGAGAUUCAGGAGUCAAGCAGAUCUCUGAUUUACUGAAAGAUCCUGACUGUAAACUGGAGAUAUUGAGGUUGAGAUGGUGUAAUAUCACAGAUGAAGGUUGUGCUGCUCUGUCUUUAGCUCUAAUAUCAAACCCUUCACACCUGAGAGAAUUGAAUCUGACUAAUAAUGAAUUUGGAGAUUCAGGAAUGGAGCAUCUCUCUGCUGUACUGGAGAAUCCUCAGUGUAAAUUGCAGAAUCUCUGGUUGAGUUGGUGUAAUAUCACAGCUGAAGGUUGUGCUGCUCUGUCUUCAGCUCUGACAUCAAACCCAUCACACCUGAGAGAUCUGAGUCUGUCUAAUAAUAAAUUUGGAGAUUCAGGAGUAAAGCUGUUCUCUGAUGUACUAAAGAAUCCUCAAUGUAAACUGGAAAUACUGAAGUUGAGUUAUUGUUAUAUUACAGCUGAAGGUUGUGCUGCUCUGUCUUCAGCUCUGACAUCAAACCCAUCACACCUGACACAACUAAAUCUGUCUGAGAAUAAAAUAGGAGAUUUAGGAGUAAAGCUGAUCUGUGAUGUACUAAAGAAUCCUCAAUGUAAACUGAAGAUACUGAGGUUGUAUGAUUGUAAUAUCACAGAUGAAGGUUGUGUUGCUCUGUCUUCAGCUCUGACAUCAAACCCAUCACAUCUGACAGAAUUGAAUUUGACUGGGAAUAAUCUGGGAGAUUUAGGAGUGAAGCUGCUCUCUGGUCUGAAAAAUGAUCCACAUUACAAACUAAAGAAACUACGCUUAUCGUCGUUUUCCUCAUCUUCUGCUAAUGGAGUAAAAGAGGAAGAGAGACAUCAGUCAACAGAAACAUCCUGACCUCACAAUGUGUGUGUGUGUGUGUGUGUGUGUGUGUGUGUGUGUGUGUGUGUGUGUGUCUGUGUGAAAUAACAAUGAAAGUGACAUUAAUUCUGCUACAGUCCUUUACCUGUGUGCAAUAUUUUCACGCCCCCUAUUGUACUGUAUAUAUGUAUAAUCAUUUUUUUUGUGGCUGCCUAUCAAUAAGUUACUUAAGUGACAACCAAGAGGUUGAAGACUGUUGAUCAAUUAUAAUACAAUGUGAUUUUUGUAAACAUGAUUUAUAUUGUUUAGGUAAACCAUAUACCAUUGUCUCUAUGAGGAGAAGGCUUUUGGUUAUGUUUAGUGGUUUCUGUAUAAAGGAUGUAAAUAGGGUCUCUCAUUUCCUAUCUAACUGUAAGCAGAAACUAUUAGAAGUAGGCUUGAAUUAAAGUUCACUUAUAAAAUAUAACUGUAUAUAUUUAGUGUAAUCUCUAUAGAUCUCUUGUGCAAUGAUUCAAUUGUAUUAAAUUA